AUGGAAACAGGGAGCGCAGCAAGGACAAAUGGCACUGCUGGGAAGCCAGAGGAUGUGAAGAGUCCAUCCGCCCCCAAAAAGGAUGAAGAAGUGAAGAAGACGACGAAUCCUGGCGGAGGCGAGAAAGAGCCAAUAAAGGGCACUGGCGGUACCUCCCUGGAGACCGGACAAAUCAAGAGCUCCCUCUUCUCUGGGAGUGACUGGAAGAGGCCCAUCAUUCAGUUUGUGGAGUCGUCCGAUGAGAAGAGAUCGACCUACUUCAGCAUGGACUCAGCAGACUCCAAGAAGAUGCCAUUUGCCAGCGGACAGAUAGGAGACAUGAGGAGAACUCCGCUCUCCUUUGCAGACAAGGGCGACCUCAGGAAGUCCCUCUUCUCCUUGGAUUCCAAAAAGAGCUUCUUGCCUAAUGAAGGGGAAGGGAGGAAGCCCUUGUUCUCCAGCGGGCAGAUAGGGGACAUGAAGAAACCAUCCCUGCCUCUGGUAGAGACGGGAGACCUGAGAAGACCCACCUUCAACAAAGUGCCUGACAGAGCAGCUGGCUCCCGGCCCAGGGUGAAGCUGGAGGAUGUGCUGUGCGAUUCCUGCAUUGAUAACAAGCAGAAGGCCGUCAAGUCGUGUUUGGUGUGCCAGGCUUCCUUCUGCGAGCUGCACCUCAAACCCCACCUGGAGGGAGCAGCUUUCCGGGACCAUCAGCUCCUCGACCCCAUCAGGGACUUCGAAGCAAGAAAAUGCCCUGUGCAUGGGAAGACCAUGGAGCUGUUCUGUCAGACAGACCAGAUGUGCAUCUGCUACCUCUGCAUGUUCCAGGAGCACAAGAACCACAGCACGGUGACGGUGGAGAUCGAGAAAGCAGGAAAAGAGGCUGAACUCUCGCUGCAGAAGGAGCAACUGCAGCUGAAGAUCAUCGAGGUGGAAGAUGAAGUGGAUAAGUGGCAGAAGGAGAGGGACCGUAUCAAGAACUACACCACCAAUGAGAAAGCAACAGUAGACCAGCAUUUCAAGGAGCUGAUCCGGGACCUGGAGAGGCAGAGGGAUGAAGUGAAGGCUGCCCUGGAUCAGAGGGAAAAGAUUGCCUCGGAGAACGUGAAAGAGAUUGUGGAUGAGCUGGAAGAGAGGGCAAAGCUGCUGCGGGAGGACAAGGAGAACAGGGAGCAGAUCCAUCAGAUCAGUGACUCCGUGCUCUUCCUCCAGGAGUUUGGGGCUUUGAUGCGGAAUUAUGUCCCCCCUCCCUCCCUCCCGACGUACAGCGUGCUGCUCGAAGGGGAGAGCAUGAGCCCCUCCAUGGGGCUGCUCCGUGAUGACCUCCUCAACGUCUGCAUGAGGCACGUGGAGAAAAUCUGCAAGGCAGACCUUGGCCGCAACUUCAUUGAGAGGAACCACAUUGAGAAUGGUGACCACCGAUACAUGAUGAACAACUAUGAGUGGAACCAGCCCGACAACUUGAAGAGAUUUUCCAUGUUCCUGUCUCCCAAAGGUAAGGCAGCCCAGCACCCUUCUUCCAAACACAGCACAGGAAAGGAACUCCACUCAUGAUUUGGAGUGGAGGCCAGUUUCAACCCACGGUCAUGGGAAUUUUCCUCCUUCCAAGCGACUGAGGAAACACUUGGUAUGGGUAAAUCUGCCUUCAGUUUGAAAGGAUCUAACACCCCUUAUCCCUCAAUAGUGAGACAUCAGUCUGCAAAAGUGACGCCACAGACAUGGAAAUCCUCCAAGCAAUCUGUAUUGUCACAUUACCGCCCCUUUUACGUCAACAAAGGCAAUGGAGCCACUUCCAACGAGGCACCUUGA